UCUGUGGUGUGGUGCACUGCCUUGUGUCAACCUGUUGGCACUGCUGCUUUGAAAGGAAGGUCAGGAACAGCCAAGUCCCUCCUCUUACAGGAAGAAACCUGCACCAAAUAUCCUGCAUCUCUUCCUGCUUCUAAAAAAAACUAAUAAACAGAGAUUGAACAACCAGCAUGGCAACUCUCCUUCGCAGACUGGCAGAGCCCAUGUGCUUAUCGAGGCGGUGGCUGGGAGUGAUUCUUCGGGAAACUCAUGGCCGAACUUCCCAUUGCAUCCCCCGGAACGGAUCGCGACUGCUGCCCGGUGGCGGUCGCCCUCUGACGGUGUACAGCCGCAGGCAGCACACGGCGGCAGGUCCGGUGACGUUAGAGGUGGAUAUAAAGCGGCUAGAGGGGGAAGACAACGGGAUAGUAGAGGUGUUGAUGUGCCGACACAAGGCAAAAAACGCUCUGGGCCAUAUGUUUGUGUCACAGAUGAGGGAGCUGGUGUUCACUCUGUCCAAUGACUCGGCAGCUCAUGUGGUUGUCUUCAGGAGUUUAGUGCCGGGGGUCUUCUGUGCAGGUGCAGACCUGAAAGAGAGAGCUCAGAUGAACCACCGUCAGUCUGAUCUGUUUGUUCACGGCCUGCGUUCCCUCAUGACUCAGAUAGCAUCGUUGCCCAUGCCGACCAUCGCGGCGAUGGACGGCGUUGCCCUGGGAGGCGGUCUGGAGCUGGCCUUGGCCUGUGAUCUCCGCACCGCUGCCUAUUCUGCACAGAUGGGUCUGAUUGAGACGACACGGGGGCUGCUUCCAGGGGCGGGGGGCAGUCAGCGGCUGCCGCGGAUGGUCGGCAUCACUCUGGCCAAAGAGCUCAUCUUCACAGGUAAGCGUGUGGGAGGUCAGACAGCUCUGGAGAUGGGGCUUGUAAAUAGAGCUGUAGAACAGAACCAGACAGGAGACGCUGCCUACAGAGAGGCAUUCAGCCUGGCCAGAGAGAUACUGCCACAGGCUCCUAUCGCUGUGCGGCUGGCAAAAGAGGCAAUAAACCGAGGCAUUGAGGUUGACAUGAGCUCAGCAAUGGCAAUAGAGAGGAUGUGUUACGCUCGGGUCAUCCCCACACGGGACAGACAGGAGGGAAUGGCUGCCUUCUUAGAGAAGAGACCCCCGCGGUACACUGGGGAAUAAAACUCUUUUGCACUGUUGGAUUUCUCUCUCACGGACACACACUCUCUCCAUAACCUCGUGUCUGAUAGACAAUUAACACUGUGUGUGUGUGUGUGUGUGUGUCCCAGCCAGUAUCAAUACAUUUAGUUAGGGUCAGGAUGAGUUGUGUUUCCUUUUGUGACAUUCAGGAUGAGACAUUGAUUAAAACUAUGGCACAAAAGUAUGCUGGUUAUUAUUAAACUUGUGAAUCUUAUAUUUGGAAUAAAAA